AUAUCCAUUAGAGUGCGAAGCCGUUAUCACUGUCCUCAGGAAAAUGGUUGGGCCACCGUACGAUUGCCUGGCAAACCCUCUCGGAGCCGUCCGAUUGACUUUCGAGAAGGCGAUUGGGUCCGGCUCGCACCCUUCCUCCUUCGAUGGCAAAGAUUGGGGCACCGUCGACCUGUUCCGUCACUUUCUCUUCGACCAAUCCCACCUUUCUCAGGUUCCUAUUCUUAAUCUUGCAACUAUAAGAUGGAUUCAGCCUAACACUCUAGUUCGGUUCCGGGGAAUGAUUCAAGACAUGUUAGGAAAUGAAUUCUAUGUUGGUGCUUACAAGGAUGGUUCAGUUUGGAGGACGAACAAGUACAUGGAUUUUUCUCAGUUCCCCAUAGGCUCUUCCCCAGGCAGUCGAGUUUGGGAACGCCGACUGCUGUACUGUGUUCCAGUUCCUGGAAUAAAUUCAUGGGCUGAAUCUGCUUCUGAGGUAGCCAUUGAUGGAUGCAUGAAUUGGACAUCCCAACAAAGAGAUAAGCGUGGGAGAAUGGAUUUUGAAGCUAUGGAUGCCAAAGAUUUUCCUGUUUCAGGCAGUAAUUUUGAAGAUUCUCCUAGUGCAAAAAGGAUGAAAGAGGAUGGGCAAGACUAUAAAACUGAAGCUGCAUGUUCUGGCACAACUGUGGUGUCAGAAAUUGACAAAGAUUCUUUUCCUUGUCUAGUGAAGAUAUAUGAUUCUCCUGAGUCAGAGUUGAAGCUAAAUGAUGUUUUUGAAUUUGUUGGGGUUCUUACUUUUGAUUCAGAGAUUCCAGCAGAGAAGGGUGAUCACGAUGAGUUCUGUAAUGAUUAUUGUGAUGAUGAUUUGGUACAUUUGCCAUCCAGCAAGGUCCCACGGCUACAUUGUAUUAUUCAUCGGAAGCUUGCAGCUCACGAUUUUCUGCACACUUCCCCCAUAAUUGAGCAGAAGCCCCAUUGGGUCAAAGAUGUGAGGGAAUCUCUGUUGAAGCAUCUUACAGAUGUUCUUGGAAAUGAUGGGGUAGCAGCACAUUACAUGUUGCUGCAUCUCCUGUCCAGGGUACAUUCCAGGGUAGACAAUGUUGCAGUGGGGAAGCUUUCAUUAAACAUUACUUGUUUGAGCAAAGAGAGUGUUUCUGUAUUUGGCACCCAGCUUAGUCUUGCUAUCAAGAACCUUCUACCAUUUUCAACAUGCAUACCCCUAACUGUGGAAUAUCUUAGCAGAAGUUCUCUUGCCCCCAAAAAAGAUUAUCAGACAAACAGACUGAUACCUGGAGUCCUGCAGCUUGCUGAGGGCUCACACUUGAUCAUUGAUGAGACCCAAUUGGAGACAGGAACCCUCAACUCUGUUGGUGUUGACAAUGCAAGGUUGCUAAGAAAUUUAAUAGAGUUCCAAAAGGUUGAGUAUGAUUUUACAUACUAUAAGAUGGAGAUGACAGCUGAUGUUCAAUUGCUAAUAUUGUCUGAGGGGAAAUCAAACAUCUUGCCAGCUGAUAUAAUCAUGCCCUUCCAGCCUUCUUCAGUUGGUUCCUCAGAAGUUGUGGCUACAAAAGCCCUGGAGGCUUGGAGAUGGUACUUGGCUACUGUCAGAUCAUUGCCACAUUCUAUUGAGUCUGAAAUGCAGAAGGUGGUAGAAGAUGACCUGGUUGCUGCAAGGCAGACAGAUCGAAGUAUAGGCAGCCAAGAUUUUAGCAGAUGGUUGACAAUGGGCCGACUAAUUUCUUCAAGUUUUGGCGAGACAUCACUAUCAUUGGAGCAUUGGCAAAUGGUGAAGGAGUUAGAGAGGCAAAGGAGGGAGAGACUCAAGUGAAAUAUGCUCUGUUACUGCCUUACUGGAAUUGACCCACUUCAGUUCUUGUAAAAAACUAGUCCAAUGCCGAAAAUUUAAUUCAUGUUUAUUGUGCUCUUUUGAGCGAAGGCGUUAACGAUAUAGUACAUCAAGUUACCUACUUUCUAUUCCA